AUGGUGAAGGUGAGAAGUUGUACCGCGUCAGGUGGCGCCACGUGCAUGUUCAGACAGUCGAUGCACUUGGCUCAGCUGCAGUGUCACACAAGAACAAAGCCUCGGCCAUUGAGAGCGUGGGUGGCGGUGCCUUCGAGAGCCUCGGCCGCAACUUCGCACUCGCUUUGGCACCUGCACGGCGAAGGCCGGUGCAAGUGCAGAGAGGGCCGCGACAGUCACUGUCGCCUGGCUUCGUUGGUGGUGUGCUGCAGGUGGAGGACAGGGUUGGCCAUCCUCGUCAUGCUGAUGUUCCCUCAGCUCGUGGCUCUUUGCUGGGCUCUUGUGGUCAAGCUGAUCAUCCGUGGCGCUUGGGCUCUCAUUACCCAGGUCUGUCAGCUCAUGCAGCAGAUCAUGGCAGACGCCGCCGAGAUCGAUGAGGGACUCAUCAUGUGGUUGUCGCAGCAGCUGGGUGUGGUGCAACAGCCGGCGACCCCACUGUGCCUUGUGCUUGACAAACAACCCAGCUCCUCCGCCAGCGCGACGUGCGACCCGCCCUUUUGA